AUUCGCUCCGAGAGGACUUGGACAAGCUCAACGAGGAGGCCAGCGAAAAAGACUUUUCUCAAAUAAGGCGUACAAUUUUGGACGUAAUAGAACAACGUCAGAAAGCCGAUGCUCAGAUGGACUCCUUGAAAACAGUCGUGGAGAAAAUGAAACAUGUCUGGGAAGACAUGGAGCGGCUGCGGAGGACGCAGGGGUACACCAGCACCACUGUGAACUUGAAGUUUCGCAGAAGGUACAGCGACAGAGAGGUGGAAUAUAUAACACCUCAGGAGGGACCAACCGAAGAGGAACUGUUUUCUGAAGAGGUAGAACUAAGGAAGUUGCUCCAACAACUACAGUGGAUGGAAUAUGAGAAGAAGCUGCACCUCUGGCAUCAACAGAAACGCCUCAAGCAGAGGGAAGGCGUCGACGGUGAAGAAUUGGAAGCGGACAAGCCGGACCCUCCGGCUGACGUCGUCGAAUCAGAAAUCGCCGAACUCGUUCGUCAGAGGGUCGAGAAGCAACGAGAGGUGACAGGAUGCGUGGCAUACCUGACUCGAGGCAAAACCACACCUGUUCACCAGUGCCCCAGCGAAGAACAGCAGCGGAGACAAGACGUGGCGAAAACCAGCGUUCACAUCAGAAUCAUGUUCAACGAGAAGGAGGUCUGCAAGACGGACACGAGACCACUCGGCGAGGAGUUCAUGGUGGUUUGGGGUCAGAUAUUUGCGUUGCGAAUCCUACAGUUCCCGAGGACAAUCAGCCUUGAGGUGUACGAGACCAGGGGUGUGCUGUCUCAGAAGCUGGCCGACGUGCCCGUGCCAGGUCCCGGACGCCGAACAGACCACGACGAACACUCACCUCUCAGCCGUGGACUUUGCCAGCGAGAAGACCGUGUCCUCAUCGCACGCUGGCGUCGGCUGUGGCGUCCGCCUCGAUGUGGGUCGCGGAGGUCCCCUCUGGCUGAGCCUCAGCGGCGAGCUCACCUGCAGCCUUGCGUGGACGGACAGCGCCGCCGGCCGAAACGUCGUCAUCCGCACCGGCACCGCCCUGAACGCUCGAGGAGGGCUGGGAAAGGAAGGCUCGGCACCAUCCUCAACCGGUCCAAACUGAGAGCCCUGGCGCAGGAGCCGCAGGGCAGCGGGAUGCUUCCAGCAAGAGACAAAGGCAGCGGCGGCCUGGAGUUCUGCGACAAGGCCGAGCUGGAGAGGAACCCGCGGUUCUCGCUGCUUCUGCUGCGGAAUUCUGGUGUCGCGGAGUUCCGGGACUUCGCCAUGGUGCCGCUCAUGACCAACGAGUACACCAUCUCGCUCAUGGAGAAAAUCUACGCGAGGGAAACCCGCAAGGCAAGCCUCACAGGCCACCACGAUCCAAUCGAAGCUCGGCAGGCACGGAUGUCGCACGCCAUCAAGGAGAUGCGAGAGCAGGUCUUGAGACAAGUGUACGAGUCGCAGUCACACAGGGUUUUGGAAGACGUCGUGAUCGAGGAGAAAAUGCCGUUCAUUGGUUCCCUGGGCUUCGGCCUUCUGAAGCUGGCCAAGCGGCGGCGUCCCCUGCGUCCGAGUCGCCGAGAGCGCCGUCGCGUGACGGGCCAGAGCGCGGCGGCCGCCGACGCCGAGAUCCUGGUCACCGUGCUCAGGGCGUCCAACGUGCCCGUGCGAAGGGACCCCGACGCCUCCUCCGUGCACAGGGUGCCGAGGGCAACCGCCUAUUCGGGCAUCUUGGACGACGUGGUGGAGUACCAGGUGCGCCCUUUCGUCGAGGUGAUGUUCCAGCAACGCACGGCGCGAACUUUUGUCGCCGAUGGACCGCACCCCACAUGGAACCAGGAACUGCGGCUUCCCAUCACUCCCGAAGAGGGAGUGGUGAAGGACGUGAUCUACCUGAACCUGUUCGACGAAGUGGUGCUCGACCUCCUGGAGGACGACCGUGAGCGCCACAGUACCGUGUACCAGCGGCUGGAGAGGCGCUGGCUUGGCAGCCUCAAGAUACCCUUCUCCACGCUCUACAUCAACGCCAAGAUCGAAGGCACGUUCAGGGUCGACGUUCCCGUGGUGCUGCUGGGCUACGCGCACGAGGUGAAGCCGUGGUCCCCGGCCCAGGACGCGCCUGCCUCGAGUACCUACGUGUCCUUCUACAUGACGGUGGAGCCGGGGUUGCAGUCGCCGGAGGUGCUCAGGGCGCGGUGCGACAGCAGCGAGCCCCCGCAGCUGGUGCAGCAAGCCGAGGAGUGGCAGAGCUCGUUCGAGUCCCGCUACCCUCGUCGCUUCGUCAAGGCGCUCGCCAUGGACGCCUCGGGCAAGUGGGUCUUCGUGCCGCGCUUCCUGCGACCCCUGGCGCCGCCCCAGCAACUUCUGGACGCGGCCAGGCGCCCCAGCUUCGUCGAGGAAGCCUCGGCUACGGCGAGAGACAUCAUGGCGCUGGCUGCUCGCUUCGUGUCCUUGAUACCGACGCUGUCAGAUAGCGUGCUGUUUCCAGGGCUUUGUGACAUUUGGAGCACCUGCGACCAAUUCCUGCGCGUGCUGACGGGUGACGAAGAGGAGCACGCCCUGUUGCUCUGCAACUACUUCUUGCACCUGGGCACCGAGGCGUACCUGUUGCUGGGCAGCGGCAUACCCGAGGGCCAGACAGCGUACGUGCUCACCCUCGAGCAGCGCGCCGGUAGGAACCGCGACGGCGACGUGCGCAUCUGGAACGCCGUCACGGGACGUUCGUACAGCGCCACCGACAGCUACGGGCCGCUGCAGACCGUCGGGUGCCUCGUCGGCACCGACAACAUCUGGGCCAACGUGCAGAAGCACGAGCACCCUUCGAGGCUUUCUUACAACUUGAGCAAGUCGAGUCACUGGAAGCCGUUCUUCGCCAAGGGAAAAGGGCCGCCGACUCUCGACUCCGUUCAGCCGAGCGAGCUCUCGUACGAGCCGACGGACCACUCGUACGUGACCCGGCUGCAGCAGAAGAUCGAGUAUGCGCUGAAGGAGAGCGUGAUGAAGUGGCGCAAGCGGUUCCGCACCUCCUGGAACCGCUACGCGAGCCAGGUGCUCCGCAAGAUACUGCCCAGGCUCGAGUCCAUGGCGUCGACAUCGACCAGCACCGACGACAUCCAGGAACUCUCCGAGAUACUCACUUCUUACAAGAUGAGUGGUUUCCCGCUGUCGAUGAGCUUCACCGAUGUGGAGACAGUCAUAGAGACCGUGCUGUCCACCGGAGUUCACCUGACAGAGGCCAGAAACGUGGAGUUUGCCUUGGCCGUCCACAUCCAUCCCUACCCGUCCGGUGUGCUCGCCGUCUGGGUGUACAUUGCGGCGCUUACGAGAAAGGCUUGAGCGCUCGGAAUGUCGUAGUAAUCGCGGUAUAUAUGUGUUAAGCAUUGGCGCUUGUCAAUGAACAGAGUAAAUAAAUAAAU